GGCAUUCUUUGACGCGCCACGUAUCAUCUUUCUCCCUCCUCUCUCUUACCUCCUAAUUUACCAAACCCUAAUUUCCAAAUCUCCGAAAAUCUCAGCACAGAACCUCCGGUCCGUCCCCUUCCCCGACCUCACGAGGACCCCGACGACUACCCAUGCGUGCCAAUUCCUCACUGGACGGCAUGGCUGGACUCGACCGCCCGAUCGUGAUCCGUUCUGUCUGGUGUUAUAACCUCGACUAUGAGUUUGAGCUCAUCAGAUCGUUGAUAGACAAUUAUCCCGUCAUCUCCAUGGACACGGAGUUCCCCGGUGUCGUAGUCCUCCCGGAAUCCUUCCACCCGAGCCGCCCGUACCUCUGCCUCAAGUCCAACGUCGACCAGCUGAAGAUGAUCCAGGUCGGGAUCACGUUGUCGGACGCUGAUGGGAACCUGCCACACCUUGGCUCGAAGAACGUCUACAUUUGGGAGUUCAAUUUCAGGGACUUCGACCAGGGGCGUGAUCCGUACAACCAGGACUCCAUCGAGAUGCUGCAGCUCAAUGGCAUUGAUCUUGAGAAGAACAGGCGCUUCGGUAUAGACUCGGUGCGGUUUGGGGAGCUGCUGAUGUCAUCCGGGCUCGUGUGCAAUGACUGUGUCAGCUGGAUCACGUUUCAUUGCUCUUAUGAUUUCGGGUACCUUGUCAAGGCACUUACUCAGCGGGUCUUGCCCAAUGAUCUUAAUGAGUUUUUGGGGCUGGUGAGGAUGUAUUUCGGGCCUAGAGUUUUCGACGUGAAGCACCUGACUAGGUUCUGCGCGAACCUAUAUGGAGGGCUGAACCGGGUCUGUCAGAAUCUAGGCGUGGAACGGGCCGUGGGGAAGGCUCACCAGGCUGGGUCGGAUAGCUUAUUGACCCUGCACGCGUUUAUUAAGAUCAUGGAGGUUUAUAUCAGUUGGGAAGAUGGGCUUGAAAAGUAUGCUAAUGUCUUGUACGGUUUAGAAAUUCCUGAAAAACCGGUGAACUAGCACACUCACAGUGAUGCAGUUUCAAAUUUUAUCCUUUUCAUUUUCUUCUCCUUGUACACAUUUUGCUGAUCAUCAAUUCUAGUCGAUUGAUUUCUAUUCUUUUGAAUCCCA